GCGAAGCGCGGGAAGUGGUCGCCAUCGUGCGUCCGUCGAGCUUGCCUCCGCUUACCCUUGCCACUUGCUCAGCUAUAUCACAAGUUAGAUCGCGCUUGGUCGUCUGCUUCGGUUGUCGUCCCAAGUGUGAAGAUGGGAAAGAUAAGACAGAGAAGCUUGAUCGGGCGUGCAACGAACGGAAGACGCAGGAAACCAGGUCGACCAAGCAUUAGACGAAGAUAGCUAAAUCGGGGCAUCACAUGUGUUGCGCGGCUCUGUGGUGUUCGAACACCGGGAAUUCCAGUUCUGCGAAGUUUUUCAGGUUUCCCAAUGACCACGGAUAUGGCCCGGAAAGGGAAGGCUCGAACCACGGCGGCAACCACGGAGUCCGGUGGCGGCCAAGCAGGACCUGGAAAGCACAGUGUUGAAGGUUCCAGUGAUUCGGGUACCUUGGACUGUGACCCAGGUGCUUCAAAAUGUGGGACCUUGACCCAAUGGGUUACCACAAGAGUAUGUGGCGCCUAUUAUGAAGGGGAACCAUUUGCUUGUUGUUGGCGUGCUAAACUCUACCUACUCGUCUUUCAAGCCAGCCAAAGUGACUCCCAUAUACCUUGAGGGACAGAAAAUAGACAAGGACCGGCUGCGAUAGUGUCCACAGUUGACAGACCCUGCUUCCACUUUUGUGAAGUGCACUGAACUUUCGCCAAGGAGUGCGAAGACAUCGUUUCAUUCGUGUGUGUGUGUGUGUACGUGUCAUUGCAGUGUGUGUGUGUGCGUGUGUGCAUCUGUGUUGUAUAGUCAGCGUCUGCAACUACUACUCACCGGCACCGAUGACCGAAGCGAGGAAGUUGUGACCAGUGACCAUGCGAGACCCUACUGCCACGAACUAUGCCGCCGAAGUGACUGUAAUGUUGGCCAAAAGGGCUUAGGGCACAGCCCGACCGUGAGGACCGUGCGCGAGAGGUCGCGAUAUCACACUUGUAAUAUAGGCCUGUACAUUUCUUAUGUUUGUUCUGUAGGACGCGAGUAUCCGAAGGAGACUUGUGUUGCAUGUGUAGCUUUUACCUUGUCAAACUUGUGCCACUUGAGUGAAGUUCCGUGGCCACAUCAGGUUGUAUAGUACUUAAGUAAACUUGUCCGAAGUCAAUGCAAAAACUCGCAUUUGUAAAUGCAGUCGUUAGAUCCAAGGUUUGCACAGGAUAUCUGCUAAUGCAUUGCUAGUCGUACUUCACAAACUGGCCAUGGAAUUCAACAUCUGACCAGUAAAACUCAGGAUUAUAAUGGCACAUUUUUGUGAAAUACAAAGACUUAUCGUUA